AUGUCCGCUCCGUCAACAUCAACAUCAACGUCUUCGAUGCCAGAGGGCCCCAAAAAAUACAACCUCCGCAAUCCCCUCCCCCUCUCCGCCGCCCAAGAAUCAGAAGUCAAACAAAUAUACUAUAAGCGCGUGCGAGCUCUCUGUGCCCCGGAGAUCAAAGGUUCGUCCACCUUACCUUACCCUGCUCCAUCCUCUCCCAUCCUAUCGUAUCCUACCCCCACCACCCACCAGCAGUACAUGUCCCUCAAACCAAUCACCCAACAAGACCCCGCUAACCCAAGCUAUUUGCCCUAUACAGCCUUCGCCGAAUGCGCCGUCAACCGCACCGUCACAGCAACAUGGGUAUGCCGAACACAACGCCUCGCCAUGAACUCGUGCAUGGUGGCGCACGCGAAACCAGAAGAAGAGGAUCGGGCGCGCGAGGAGUGGUUCUCGACGCAUGAGGAGCGGAAACGCGCAAAGGAGGACGAGCUCGCGCAGGUCGAGAAGCGGAGAGAGGUUGUGAUUCGCAUGAUGAGGGAGGAUGAGGAGAGGAAGCGGAAGGGGGGGAAUUAA